GGGUAAACACCACACCACACCACAGCACACCAAACCAAAAGCUGUACCAUAACUCAAAAGCAAAAACCAACACAAGACUUGUCAAAAUCACAUUCUCUCAUUUAACAAGCAUGAUAGAAGAACAACGGCAUGGACCUCCACACGGCAUUCUCUUAGCCGUUGUUGUAGUAUCAGUCAUCUUAGUUCCAACAUUGCUCGGUGAAAACGGCCAAGUGUUAACUGAUUUCAUCUCGGAUCUUCUUACCCCAGUGGGUCUUCUCUUACUCCCUAUUAUCCUUCUACUCACUAUCCAGUUCCUCUCCUCCGACACUGGCUCAUUCAUCAACACUGUAUUCUCAACUGGUGAACCUAACUCCAUUCACCAUGUAAGUGGGUCCCCUCUUGGUGUUGCACUUUUUCUUGCUCUCACAUUGUUCCUUCUCUACAAUCGCGUUUCCAUCUUCGGUGGCGAUGAUGACUCUGGCGACUAGAUCUGUUAGUAUAUUACUUAUGUGAACUUAUGUCAUUUUUCUCUUUUCAAUCUUUACAACUUUUGAUUUUUAUUUGGAAUGUAUAUGUAAAUAGUGAAGGGGUACCGGUUCUAUAGUAUAGUACGGACGUAGAAAAUAUUGUCUGAUGACAUGAAUGGCAUGUGUGGAAAAGCUCUAUCAUUCCACAGCUACUCUCGGACAAAAAUCGACUAACUUUCAAUUUUGAACAAGCUAUACUUAGUUUUUUUGGAUC